AUGGCAAAUCUCAUUCCGUCUGCAGCUGUAUUUGAGGCCGAAUUAGCCAGAAUGCAGUCCAACAAUGAAGUGUUUCUGGACGCGCCAUUGGCAUGCGAUUUGGCUCUCAAGUCUUACUCGUUCCUUGACUUCCGUGAAGUAUUCCAACAGAUUCACAUCCACGAAGGUCGUGAAGCGGAUGGAAAGGGUGAUGGAAGUACGACCAUGACCAUUGUAUCCGACUUUGUCCAGUCGUUUUACGUUCCCGUGCCAACUGGAUUCGGUCCUCAAGAUCUCGAGCCCUUCCGAGAGCGGAUUAAUAGGUUGCUUGGGAACCCAAAUGCCGUCCCUCGUAUUUCCAUGGCCCAAAAGCCCAUGAGAGCCAAUGGCGAGCUUAAACCGCUUCUCAAGAUCUAUGUUGUUUCUCCGGACCAGCUACACACACUACAAGAUACGUUUCCACCUUCGAUACUACGUGGAAUGACACCUUUACCAUCCGACACUCAUGCUUAG